AUGACAGCAGAAAAAUCAUUAUCGGAUGAAUUUCUCUUGGGACAGAAAUUUUACAACAGAAUUGAAACCACAAGCCUUGCUUCGUCUGAUCCAUUUCUUCUAGUUGAAGCAUAUCUUGGUGAUCUAACGACUAAAUUAGCCGACGGAGAUCGAAUGCAAAUACUAAAUAAGUCAAAGAAACACUUUGAACAGUUUUUACGGAACAUCGAAUUGCAUGAAAUACUAAAAGAAGAGGACAGAAAACUUAUUGAGGAGCAGUCUAAUGGAACUACAAAAAAUGCUGCAAAGAAGCGUGAAGAAAAGAUAGCACGAUAUAAGAGAGAGAAAGAGAUUAAAAUGAAGUUAGAGACUUUACAACAACGUUUGCCUUCUAUUGGAGACAACGACAAGGAUGAAUUUAGUCGCAAAUAUAUCCUGAUCCUUAUUGACCUCUUCAUACACAAAUCCAUGGAACAAUUAUUUUCAAUUAAACAAGAAUUUGAAUUACUUGAUCAAAUGAGAAAAAUUCAAGAACAAUCUGGACCUAGUUCUUUUGUAGGUCUGGCGAAUGAUAAUAAGGUCAAUAUUUCCAAAGGUUCAAGCGGCCCGUUAUUGACAAAAGAUGGAAAGCCGCUUCGACCAUUUGUCAUCACAAACCAACGCGAAGCGAUUCGAGAACAAGUUUUUAGACCAGGUUGGCGUCUUCCAACAAUGACCAUUGAUGAAUACCUUGAGCAAGAAGCAGCACGAGGCAAUAUCAUAAGCGGUGGAGGACAAAUACCGAAGAAUAAAGAAAUUGAUGAUAACGAUGAGCAUGCUAUAGACGAAGAAACGCUCAAAGCACGAGAAUGGGAUGAAUUCAAGGACGCCAAUCCUCGUGGAUGGGAACAAGCAUACGUUCCUAUACCGACUUCUGGGAUUAAUGAGCGUUCUUCACAGGAGACAAGCGAAGAGGAUACAAUACAACAAGUACCUCCCGAAGAUAAUUAUCGAGUUGUAUAUUUGAUAUUUUUAUUACAGGGUGUUGCAAUGCUUUUAGGAUGGAACGUAUUCAUUAAUGCCUCUGUAUUCUUUCAACAGAGUUUUCUUGGGUCAGGUUUUGCAGAUAAUUUUCAAAACUACUUUUCUAUCGUAUAUAUGAGUUCGAAUCUUUUUUUUCUCGGACUUGCUUUGCUUACUCAUAAGUCGGAAAAUAUUUCUUUUCGAAUUACCUUUGCAAUUUCGCUUAUGAUAUCCAUUUUCGUAUUAAUUGCAAUAUCAACUCAUUAUGUUGAGUUCUUUGGUCCCACAAUUUAUUUUUAUUUUGUUGUCACAUCGAUUGGUAUUAUGGGUGCAACGGCUGCAUUACAGCAAAAUGAAAUUUUCGCUCUUGUUUCACAAUUUCCACCUAUUUAUACGCAGUCAGUCAUGAGCGGUCAAGGUUUUGCCGGGUCAGCAAUCGCAGUUUCUCAAAUUCUUAGUGCUUUGAUGAUCCCACCAUCAUCAAAUCUAGACGAAAACGAUUUACGUCGCAGUGCACUUUUAUAUUUUAUUUGUGCUACCAUAAUUUCUCUCGUUACUUUAAUAUCUUACUUUAUCCUGAUUCGCUUACCUCUUUAUCUACAUUACGUCAGAAUGAUACAGAAUGCAGAAAGUGUCGAAAAUACAUAUGAUCAGAAGUUACUUAAGGAAACAUUUAAUAAAAUCCGUAUUCUAGCAUUUACGGUGGGUUUCGUUUUCUUUGUGACCUUAUCACUUUUUCCGUCAAUCACUACAUCUAUCAAAUCAGUUGUUGAUGAAGAAAACAAGA